AUGGCUGAACACAGCUGUGAACAUGGCUCUGAGGGUGUCUAUGAACAUGACUGUGAACACAGCUGUGAAGAUGGCUAUGAGCGUGACUAUGAACAUGGCUGUGAACACAGCUGUGAAAAUGGCUCUGAGGGUGUCUAUGAACAUGACUGUGAACACAGCUGUGAAGAUGGCUAUGACGUGAACUAUGAACAUGGCUGUGAACACAGCUGUGAACAUGGCUCUGAGGGUGUCUAUGAACAUGACUGUGAACACAGCUGUGAAGAUGGCUAUGAGCCUGUGAAGAUGGCUAUGAGCGUGACUAUGAACAUGGCUGUGAACACAGCUGUGAACAUGGCUCUGAGGGUGUCUAUGAACAUGACUGAUGUGAAACACAGCUGUGAAGAUGGCUAUGAGCGUGACUAUGAACAUGAUGAACACAGCUGUGAAGAUGGCUAUGAGCGUGACUUGAACAUGGCUGUGAACACAGCUUGGCUCUGA